UGCCUUUAACACAAACAGGCUCCUGCCUCUUUAAAAGUGAUGAGUGUUGUUUUGUAGGAAGGGUCCCUUGACGACGCUUCAAAGCUGCGGCUCGAACACGAAUUUCCGCGCAUUGUCCGAGUCGUGAUGAGGAAAAGGAAACGUGUGAUCUGGGCUCAGCGCAGUAUAUAAAAAAAAAGCCAGCAGCAGCUUCAGGGCCUUGCGGAGACAGACAUACAGAGAGAGAGAGACAGACAGAGUUGGCGACCCUGCUCCAUCCCCGCUCCCCGAACCAAUGUCAGCAACAAUCGAGAGGAAAUCGCUGGAAAAUGCAGAGUGAGUUAAACUGCCGGCUCGUUUUCAUUUGCAUUGCAAACCACUGUAAAGGUGUAGAGAUUGCACUCGAUUCAGUCAAACCGAUCAAGGAUUGAACAAUUUCCUCAAACAUGGGUCCGUGCACACAGCCCAGAGAGACACCAUCUGAUUGUGAGAUUUCAAAUCAUCUCGAUAUUCUUGAUUUCUACGAGACAACAUAAUGGCCUAACAACUAAAAGAAAAGCCCCAGAUCUUAACCACUUGGGGUUUUGAAGAUGGUAACAUCUUGCGGAAUGCAUUUAUUUUCAUUUUAUUAUUUCAUAAACUUUACAUUGACGCACCACAGACAAUUCUUUCGCGACAGCCAUGUACCAUGCAUCAUUUCAGUUUUGAUUUAUUGGACGUUACUCAUGUCUUUGAUCUGAGCAACUUUUAGCCCUUUAGCAGGACGGCGUUGUGGGAACUGUUUGAUUUAGCCCCUGAUACACAAAUACAUGUACAACCCUAGUGAAGGGCGAGCGAUAUUCUUCACGGUAAGCUGCCUCCCACCUCCCCAGUUCACAAAGUGUAUCUGAUCUGCCACUUACCCAUUAUCAGCGGACCCGUCACUUAAAUAUUAAUAUUUUGAAGCCGCUCUCCCUUUGGGGAAUUCUCGUGACCUCUUCAUAUUUUAAGUUGAACUUCCCCUUCAGCCAGCUGCAAGUGAAUUAACCCUACAGCCAUUUUUCUUUCAUUUUAAACAACGCAUUUUUUUUAGGCAUAUUGCUGAAAUAUGAUGGAAAAUGUGGCCACAAUAGCACUUUUGAAUCCGCAGUUUCUGUGAUAUAUUUUCAAUGUCAAUAUGUGAAAAGGACUAAAUAUUUUGUGUGCUUCUAAGCUGAGCUUCCAAUUGAAGAAUGCUUUCUAACCAUCGUCUGUUUAUUUAAUAAGAUUGUGUAGCCUUAAACCAACAUUGUUCUAUCUUACAAUAACAGUACAUCGCUUAUAAUAAUGCCCCUAUCUCACUCAUCUUUCUAUUAUCAACCCAUUUGGGACAUCAACUGCUACAGUGAAAUUUUCAAGACACAGUUAGAGCCAGUGGAUGAGGUUUUGCAGAUACCUCCUUCGUUAUUAAUGUGUGGGGGUUGUCAACAGAAUAUUGGAGAUCGUUAUUUCCUGAAAGCAAUCGAUCAGUAUUGGCAUGAAGACUGUCUGAGUUGUGACUUGUGUGGCUGUCGACUGGGAGAAGUGGGGAGGAGAUUAUACUAUAAACUAGGCAGAAAGCUCUGCCGAAGGGACUACCUCAGAUUAUUUGGUCAAGAUGGACUUUGUUCUGCCUGUGACAAACGCAUCCGUGCCUAUGAAAUGACAAUGCGAGUCAAAGACAAAGUUUACCACCUGGAGUGUUUUAAAUGUGCUGCCUGUCAAAAGCAUUUCUGUGUAGGAGACAGAUAUUUGCUCAUCAACUCAGACAUUGUCUGUGAACAGGACAUUUAUGAAUGGACUAAACUCAAUGGGAUGAUCUAGAAUUAUACCUGAUACUCAUCAUCACUGGGUCUCAAAUAUUGUCUAUAUGUAUGAAUUCACCAUUUUGUAAGAACCUACAAAAGUUAAGGACUUGUACAGAUAUUUUAUUAACACAAGCUGUGAAGGUUUCAUUUAUACGCACACUUUACUGUGAAAUAUUAACUUCUGCAGCUUCGCUAAGGAGACAGGUAUGAAUGUCAUCUUAGUAAUUGUGACAAAUACUUACUCCUCAUAAAUAAAUCAAUAAAUAACUGCUCA